ACUAAACCGAACAUAACCUUACUUGCUGUUUGCCCUUGCCUGUAGUUGCUGAAUGCCCCUAAAAUGCUAAGGGACGGGACAUCAUAAUAAAAGUUUCAAAUAAAACUUUUCAAGCAACUGAAGAAUUCCUCCACUACCUAAUGGCAUUAACAACGCCAUGUAACUGUCUCCAUCAAUUACACAGAACAUCUUUUCUUUUUAAGAGAAUAGUUUCUUCAAGUUCAAGGGCACCCCAGGCAGUAUUUAUUGAGAAGACUUUGGAAGAACCCAUUAUUGUAGUAAGGGAAGAAUAUAAUGUAGAUUUAAUCGGACCCCCAGAUACACUAUCAAAUCUUAGACCAAUUAUACGUGGAAUAUUAAAAAAUGAAACUGUUUUACAAAGAAAAUAUAGAAACACUGCUGAUGCUACACAAAAAUGGAAUCAGGAAUUUUGGCAAAAGCAUAAUACGAAUUUUUUAAGAGAAAAAGAAGUAUACAUUAAAAAACACACCUCAGAGUCGAAGCCACAUCUUAAUGCAGAUGAAAUGAGUGAAUUUUACAGAAGUUUUUUAAAUAACUAUUGGCAGACCCAUGUAGCAUACAACUUCGAAUGGUAUGGCAAAAAUUUUAAUUUGCUAAUGCUCUCCCUUCGAGUUUAUAUGGAAAAUUUACAACGUAAGAUUUUAUAGUGGAAUAGUUUGCUUCGAAGCUCUUUAUGUUGCUAACAGGUACUUUUAUACUUGAAGUAUAAUUACCAAUGUUACAGAUUUAUGUUGAAUAAAAUAUUUAAAAAUUGUACUUGGGAGAACACUUUUUUUUACAUUAAAAUUCUUUAA